AUGGAUGAUAUGCGCCAGGUGGGAGGAGCUGUGACAUCAUCGUGCUGGGCGGAGUGGCUGCCGGAGAUCCUGCUAGCUGUGUUCAUGCAGUUGCAAAGCAGACACCCUUGCAUCCACUCUCCUGGCCGGGAACUUAGCAGAGCUGUGCUCGACAGGCCACACCCCUACUCCUAUAGGGAAGCAGCAGAUUGUCUUGUCAGCGGCGGUGAACACAGAUCAGAGUCAACUUUAUAUGAAGCAGAGUUCCCCAACAGUAAAAGGUGUGCAGUCCACACCAAAAGGUUGAAGCAAACAAGAAUGGAUCUUGAGCUACGUUUAAUUUUCAAAGCAAUUGGCUUCUUCACCUUGAUUGCUGUUGGAGUUCCAAGCAAUGCAAUAAUUUUAGCAAUUUUUGUACACAUCAGAUUUAGAGAAAAGAAGCUUCUGCCUUCAAAUGCUAUUCUGACCAAGUUGGCUUUGGUGAAUUUGCUUGUUAUAUUUUCCAAAGGCUUUCCCCAAGCCAUUCAUGCCAUAGGAGUUCGGAAAAUUUUAAAUGACGCUGAAUGCAAAAUCAUUUCUUUCACAUAUAGGAUUUGUAGGGGAAUGACCAUAUGUGUUACUUGCUUGUUGAGCUGCAAUCAGUGUAUUAUAUUGGCCCCUCCCUCAAAGACAUGGCUUCUCUUAAAGCAGAAAAUUCCACCAAACAUACCCUGGAUUAUGGUAUUGCUCUGGUGCAUCAACUGUGCAAUUUAUCCAUCUUGUUUUCUCCAUGUUCUUGCCAUAGGCAAUUAUACCACAUCUAAAUAUACUCUUUACUUGGAAUUCUGCAACCAUGACUUUAGGAAUUUUGCUAUAUAUGUUGCCAAUGGUAUAGCCAUCGCACUGCGUGAUUUCUUCUUUGUAGGUACUAUGACAAUAGCGAGUUGCUACAUUGUGUUCAUGCUUCAUCGACAUGGGAAACAGGUUAAAGGUAUACGAAGUUCAGACAAAAAUCCUGGCAAAACUGCUGAAUACAAGGCCUCACAAGCAGUGGUGCUUCUCGUCACAAUUUAUGUAGCACUUUUUGGGAUAGACAGCUGCAUCUGGAUUUAUACUUUAACAGUAUCAAGUGUUUCUCCAGCUAUUUCAGAUGCUAGGGUGUUCUUUGGCACCCUGUAUGCUGCUCUCAGUCCUGUUGUAGUUCUAAAAACUAACAAGAAAUUAAAAACUAUGCUAAUGUGUAAUUCCAAUAAAAAUCUACUGUCCCUUAAUGAGUCAACAAACAAUGAUAACUCAGAUUAG